AUGUGCACGGCUGCAACACAAAACUACCCAAUGAAGGGCAUCCGUGAGCAUCGGGGGAGAAGAGAUGAGUUAGGAUGUGGAUUUGCUGGACUCUCAGCUGUAAAUUCCAAAGGCAGUCAAUCAGGUUGCAGUCACUUGCUUGUGAAGCAAAAGGACUGGCUACGGGGCUACGUGGUUGUGUUGUGUAGCUUGACGCUAAAGAAGCUUACUGUACUGAAAGAGCUCGACAAAGACCUGAACUCCGUCGUGAUUGCAGUUAAAAUCCAGGGUUCAAAGCGAAUCCUCAGAUCAAAUGAAUAUCUUCUUCCGCCAGGAGGCCUGAUGGAAACUGACUUGGAGCUGACCUUUUCCUUGCAGUAUCCCCACUUCUUGAAGAGAGACGCUAAUAAGCUACAGAUAAUGUUACAACGGAGAAAGCGGUACAAAAACCGUACCAUCCUGGGCUACAAGACCCUAGCAGUGGGGGUCAUUGAUAUGGCUGAGGUGAUGCAGCAUCCUACUGAAGGGGGACAGGUGCUCGGCCUCCACUCCAAUCUGAAGGAUGUGUCUCUGCGAGUGGCUGAGAUCAGCAUUUAUUCUCUCUCCAGUCAGCCCAUCGACCACGAGGAGAGCAAUGUACCAGCUGGGCCCAAGACAAAGGCAUCAGAUCGAUCGCCAGAUAUUGACAAUUAUUCGGAAGAGGAGGACGACAGCUUCUCCUCCGAGCAGGAAGCGAGCGAUGAUGCAGUGCAAGGACAGGAUUUAUAUGAUGAAGACGACGAGGUCAGAAAACCUAAGAAGACGCGGCGGAAGAUGGUGCGGACCAUGUCAAUGAUCCGGCAACCGAACUUUAAACAAAAAUUCGUCGCCUUGCUGAAGAGGUUCAAAGUUACAGAUGAGGUACUCGAUUCUGAUCCCGUGGACCAGACCCAGGAAGUGGAGGAGGAUCUGGACCUGUUGUACGACAGUCUGGAAGUUUACAAUCCCAGCGACAGUGGCCCUGAAAUGGAGGACAACGAGAGUGUCCUCAGCACUCCGAAGCCCAAACUGAAGCCAUACUUCGAAGGCAUGUCACAUUCGAGCUCCCAGACAGAGAUCAUCAGCUUGAGGAGUCAGAAGAGCCAUAACCUGGAGCACCCAAGCCCUGAGGAAUUCUCACCCCCAGAGAAAAAGUUGGUGACCAGCACUGGCCAUCCCGAGGAGUCCGUUCUCGAGUCCAUCUCGCUGGAUUUGGAUGACGAUGAAAGUUUGGGAGAUGUCACUAUCUGGGAAACAACUCCUGAAAGGUUGCCUCCACUGGGUAAAAUCACAAAGACAGAGUCGCAGGUUAUCGUAUCACCCAGCAAAUCGGAGUGUAAGCAGGCACGGAGGCCUCGCAGCACCUCACUGAAAGAUCGGCAGAAUUCCAAGGCACAGAGCGACCGAGCCAACAGCCUCGACAACGAAUGCUCACCCGACUCCAGACUCAACAUCCAGGCUCCGCGCAAGUCAGUGUACGACCAACUGAACCAGAUUUUAAUAUCAGACGAACACCUGCCAGAGAGCAUCAUCCUGGUGAACACCACAGAUUGGCAGGGACAGUAUCUGUGUGACCGGCUACAGGAGAAGAGCCAGCUAAUGGUUAGCACGUGCUCAGCAGCAGACGUGCUGGCUGCCUUUAACACCAUAGUCACACGCAUCCAGAGAUUCUGUAACUGUAACUCGCAGAUGCCUCCGCCGAUGAAGGUGGCCGUGGCUGGAGACCAGUGCUACCUCAGCACCAUCCUGCGCUUUUUUGUUGAGCAGCUGGCAAACAAGACACCCGACUGGCUUAACUAUGUCCGCUUUCUGAUUGUCCCUCUGGGCUCCCAUCCUCUGGCUAAGUACUUGGCAUCUGUGGACAACCGGUACAACAGCUCGUUCAUGGACUCAGCCUGGAGAGAACUGUUUAGCAGGACUGAGCCACCCACUGCAGACGUGUUUGACGUUAUUACCCGUGUUAUGCAGUAUGUUGCUGGAGCAAAUGUGUCCCACCAGCUCCCAAUAUCUGAAGCCAUGUUGACCUACAAACAAAAGAGCCCCGACGAGGAUUCCUGCCAGAAGUUUGUUCCCUUCGUUGGUGUGGUCAAGGUGGGCAUUGUGGAACAGUCCCUCUCAACAUCAGUGGACUCCGAUGAUGCCAUGCUUUGCAAUAUCAGCAGCCUGUCGCCAUUGCCAACAACCACGGCCCCUUCCUAUACCAUCGCCACACCACCACCCUCUCCCUCCGUCUCCAGCAGUCUGUCAGGAGCCGGCUCCCCAAGCGCUGGGAGCGAGCUGAUGGGAUUGCAGGUGGAUUACUGGACCACACAAAUGCUGGAGAAGAAAAAAGAGGGCGAGAAACGGGACAUGGGCAAUAAGAACACUCUGAAGAGCAACUUCCGCUCGCUGCAGGUCAGCCGGCUGCCGAGUGGCGGAGAGCUGCUCGCACCCGCCACUAUGCUCAUGACUGUGGUCACCAAGGAGAAGAACAAGAAAGUGAUGUUUCUCAGCAAGAAACCAAAGGAGAAGGAGGUGGACUCUAAGAGUCAGGUGAUUGAAGGCAUCAGCAGACUCAUCUGUACAGCCAAACACCAGCAGACGAUGCUGAAAGUCUCUAUAGAUGGGGUGGAGUGGAAUGAUGUGAAGUUUUUCCAGCUAGCAGCGCAGUGGCCAACUCAUGUCAAGUACUUCCCGGUGGGAAUAUUCGGCUACUCCAAGACUGUGUGACCAGAGGAGACUAACUCGACUCUGAAGCCAAGCUUUUCCUGUGGAAUAAUUCGACUGCUGCCUCAUCCUUGUUUAUUUCUUCUAGCGAGAGACAGAGAGAGAGAAUGUUGCUGAGAGCGCGGCUGUGCCUGGUGCAGAGCCGACCAGCUCUUGCCCUGUGAGGCAGCUUUCUUCACACAUGCACUUUUGGAAGUUAUCACCAAUGUGAAGUAGGAGAGCGACGAGCAGGAAUCGUCUGGGGGGAAGCGUGUUGUUGUUCUGAAAGGACUGGUGCCACAAGAGCGCCUCCCCCACCCCACCCUCAGACCGACUCCCGGCCACUGGCCCUCGGAGGAGGAACGUCGGUACUGCCAGCCACAGCAGAUGACGAGCAGACACAAAGCAGCCUCCAGCUCCCGAGACUGUCCUUUUCCUUGUAAAUAAAAAUACAGAGACCGGAGACCCGGCAAAGCCACCAGAACCCCAGCUGUGUUUACCCCCCUUUGUCUGUCCCAUUUCCCUUAAUCUCUGCUUCUCCUCGAGUUGAGGCACAGUUACAACUCCUGAAUCCCAGCAGUCGUGGAGCCUCGAGGGAAACAGUCAGCCAUCCUACCCGCUCACACACUACAGUCACAUACAGAUACACAGAACUCACACUACAGUCACAUAUAGACACAGAAUUCACACUACAGUCACGUACAGACACAGAGCUCACACUACAGUCACAUAGAGACACACACAGCUCACACCCUGGAGUCACAUACAAACACACACAGCUUACAUACGACAGUCGCAUAGAGACACUCCAUCACUACAGCCAUACACAGAGCUCACACAAUCCUUCACUACAGCCACACACAGACAUUCCAACACUACAGACACACACAAGCUCAGAGAAGGGGUCCUGUGAAUGUUGGAUGGAGAGCUGGUGGACUGUUUUGUCUGAAAUUGUUAAUGUGUGAGAGGAGUGCGAUGGGGUGUGGAUGUGGGUGGGCUCGAGGCUGUUUGCUAUCUGGGAGAAUGGAUAGUUUUCCAAGAUUGUUUGAGUAACUUAUUAACUGAGUGUUUUUGAUGCUUCCUUGUGUUCCUGGCAGCUCCAGUGUUGGCUUUCUCUGCCUGGCCUCUAGCGCUACUCCUGCUUCUGUGCAGCGCUUAGACUCUCUGGCUUCGGUCUGUUUGUGAGCUGCCAUCCUCCCGCCCCGCUCCCUCCAAAGUUUCAAAUCACACAACACGCAGCUUUUAUUGGGUUAAAGAUGAGUAGUUUCUGCUACAUGCACUGGCUACAAAUCAUGUGUGCACACAGCACAGACAUAUAGUGCAUGCAUGCAGAGCACAUACAUGUGCCAGCACAUGCACACAGCACAUUGAUGUGGACACAUGUGGCAGCCCAUAGAGUAGUACAUCAGGGCUGUGGCCCGAGAGGGUCUGAUAUUUUACAUUGUGAACGUUUCUGUGACGAGGCAGUGGUCAGAGUGGGUGCCUGUUGACAUUCUGUCACACACACACACACCCACCACACUGGGAGCCUGUGCUCGGGGAGAGUGAACACUGGGGUUUGUUUAACCCUUCGUUUGCUGAGCUUUGUUUGAUGGAAAUUCUGUGCACAAGCAGCUGAUGGAAACGGUCAGCGUUUGGGAAAUGCCACUGAGGGAUUUGUAUCUGUGCAUGUUUUACCCGGGUGAAACCUGGACUGUAAUUUUAUACUUUUUAUGCAAUUCCCACUCUCUCACAAGCACCAAGCACAGAGAAAGAACUUGCAUUUUUAUAGGUCCUCAAUGUGUCAAAAUGCCUCAAGCUGCUUCACAGAUGAUUUCUGUCAUAUCUGGUGACACAUGUGGCAGCCAGUUUGCGCACAGCAGGAUCGCACACAGCCAUGAGGUGAAUGAACGAUUAAUCUGAAAGAUUGUUGGCCAGGAUGUUUCCACAGCAGAGUUUCUGUCAUGGUUCAUCAGCAUACACCCACAUCUGUGCAAUAGGGUCAGAGGGAAAGGAGGAAGAGUGAUCCCUCUCUCCUCUGCACUCGAUCCAGCACUUCCAGGUCAGGAACAGUACAGGUUAGAGACAGAGUAAAGCUCUCUCUACACUGCCCGUCCACGCUCCCAGGUCAGUGACAGGAUGGGUUAGAGUCAGAGUAAAGCUCCCUCUAACCUGUCCUUACACACUACCAGGUCAUUGACAGCCAAGGGUUAGAGACAGAGUAAAGCUCCUCAUCCCCAAAGCUCCUGCCUCCCCCACUGGUUUCUGUGCUUUGUGUGUGUGUGAGAGAGUGGGACAGGUUUUGUGCACAUAUUUUGUAUCAGAUUAUAUUUUUGAAAGUUGUCAAUUUGUCAAAACUUGUUUUAAAGCUUAGUUCUGACAGCAGGUUAGUGUCAUUGUGUCAAUGUUCUGUGUUGAUCUUAGCCUAACCCCUUUGGCAUUAAUGUUCCAUAUGACUGUAUUCAUGAUCUAUUUGUACUGAUAACAAUGCUAAUACAGGGAUUGAAUCACU